AUGGCCCGCAUCGCCAACCUUACUGGACACCAAGCCGACGCUCACCGUUACGCCGACCUUUCUCACGACAUCCGCAACGCCUUCAACACUGCCUUCUGGAAUGACAGCAAUCAUCGAUACACCGAUGCUGGCAAUAAUGACACCAGCAACGCCACCCAAACUGCGCAGGAAUUGGCUUUAGACUCCGGGCUUGUCCCCGAAAAACAUCGCCAACAGGUCCUCAAUGCGCUCGUCGAGCUGACAUACGACUACCCCUCAAGAGACGGAGUAGGCCCACAUCUAAGUGGUGGCCAGAUUGGCCUGGGUCCAAUUGUAAGAGCGUUGUCAGCUGGGGGUCGUGACGACGUUCUUUGGGAUGCACUUCAGCAGAAUGACCGGCCAAGCUAUGGCUAUUUCGUGGCUCCCACGGUGGCUAAUCCUAAUGGGUUUACGACCAUUGGCGAGCAAUGGGACCACAGCGACUCUAAGAACCACAUGAUUCUCGCGCAGAUUGACGAAUGGUUCCACGCUGGAGUAGUAGGGAUUCAGCCCGUUGCUCUAACUACUCUCAGCUCCACCUGGGAGAAUCGGCUAAUCUUCCAGCCUAAGCUGGUCGGGGAUCUGACGAGCGCUAGUGGGACUUAUCAGAUGCUCCAGGGAGAGGCUCGUUGUGAGUGGCAAAGGACUGCAGAAGGUAACUUUCAUCUCACGGUAAAUGUCCCCGCAAAUGCUGAGGCAGAGGUGCGUUUACCAUCUGUCGGGAAAGUAAACGCAUCGCGGCGGGCUAGGUUUGUCCGUGUGGACAGUGACUAUACCAUCUAUGCUGUUCCGGCUGGCACGCAUGUGUUUAACAAUGAAACAGCACAUGCUGUGGGCGGGUAA